AUGAUCAGUUUUUUCUAUGUGAACCUGCACCGCCUCCACGCUCCUAAGAUAAUGGAGUUGUCUGCCACCCUUAAAAUAGAUACCACGUCGCCUGAUGUGCAAUCAAUCGGCGCCCCUAUUUGGAAAAGCAGGUUUGGUGAGGAGAGCGACCAGCUAGCUAAGCAAGUCGCUGGAGCCCGCGACCUCGUUGCCUCCACGCCCUGCAGCAAGCCGGAGCCAAGCCACAAGAAGAGACAAGCCGGCGUCGCACGAAGGCGCCCAUCCAGCAGAGGGCAGUCUUGCCGUCGCGGGAGAGCUGUGCCGCCCGACCAUCAAGUCGUCGCAGCAGGACGCCCAUGCAGGAAGUGGAGCUGCAUCGUUGCCCCGUGCAGCCAUGAAUCGAGGAGCUUUCCCCAUGCAGCCGCCGCCACACGCAGAUCCAGAGCGCCGAGGAGCCGCCCUCCGCCAGAGAGAAAUCCCACCGCCGCCGGCACCGCGCGGGCCUUGCCCGGCAGCACGCGCCGACGGCGGCUGGGGAGGAAGGAGGUGGUGGGGAGCCGAGGCCUGCUAGGGUUGGGGCGCCCCCGAGCGGCACAUGAGCGAGAUCCGUUUUUCCCGUCCUUGGUGGGUCUAGUUAACUGCUCCUCCUUCUGUUUCAGUCUCAUCUCCCUUCUUUUCCUUCGACGAUGUGGCGGCAGGGCAAGACGUGAUGAUCGGCGUUCGGCGUUUGACGGGAGGCCGCGCAACAACGAGCUGGGUGAUCAGGGCUUUGCAGAAGGCGGCGUGAUAAGGAGCAGGUUAUUCCUGAUCUCCCGAUGACUCCACGUGAGGCGUUGAGCUUGUAAAACUAGUACUGGUAGUGCUUGUUCCCUCUUAUAAUACACAUGUACUGCUUUGCGAUGUCGGCAAGUCGGCAUGACUGGUUCUUAUGUGAUAUGUUCCCUA